CUCGUACACAGAUAACCUUACGUUGGUAAUGUCAGUCAUAUGUCCUAUGAAUAACUGACAGCGCUGCGUAGUGGUCAGUAGUGGCAAAAAAAUUUGGACAAUAACGCGGCUACCCCCACCACUCAAAUUUCAGUUCGUUGCAAGACCUGUAUGUAAGACCGUGAUCUGAGACAAGUAGUUUAUUGUUUUGACGCGCACAGACAUGGCGGAUGUUAUAUUUAUCACGCAUUUUGUGCUUUUGUUGACGUUCAAAUUAUGUCCAGGAGAAAAACAAAGUAUAGGAUUGAGGGAGGUUGACGUUUCCAUGGACAAUGAAGAACCACCUGAUCGUCAGAUUACGGGCGGUAUUUCAACCCAAAAACGUUACAAGUGCCUCUCUUGUGAUCCUCCAGAUUGUUCGUCUGAAGAAACCUGCAACGAUGCAAUCACAUGCUGGAAGUCCAAAGUGCAGGAAGCAGAUGGGACACAGCAACUGAGUAGAGGGUGUACCAUAAAACCUGAACAGAUGCCGUUGAUAUGUAGCAAACAACAACCAGUUGGAAAUGGUAGUGGAAAAAAGAGACAAGCAAGCAGUUCAACUAGAGGUGGACAAUUCAGCGUUGUAUGCUGCCAGGGUGAUUUAUGUAAUAACGGACCUUUUCCUGACCUGCCCUCGCACUAUUCCCCGGAGCAAUCGAACGGAGUGGAAGAUUAUGCAGUAAAACUGACUCUGGCAAUCCUGGGUCCGAUGGUUGGACUUGGAGUAGUCGGAAGCGGCAUACUCGCUUGUAUACUCAUUCGUAGGACACGUCGCAAGCGCCCAUUGGUCCCUCGACGAAACAAACUUCUAGUUGACUCAGAACUAGAGCCUUCCUCACUUCAUUUUUCCUCAUCUCCCUCCACAACUUCCACCUAUCAUACGCAUGAGCUCAGAGCAACUGCUGCUGGUGAUAGCACCCUCAAGGAAUAUUUGGAUGGACGGAGUCUGACUAGCGGUUCAGGAUCAGGAUUACCAUUACUUGUUCAACGUACACUAGCAAAACAGGUAGCAUUAGUUGAAUGCUUAGGAAGUGGAAGUGGUGGAGGUGGCGGAUUUGGUGGCGAAGUAUGGCGUGGUGUCUGGCACGGGGAGUGCGUAGCUGUAAAAAUAUACUUCUCAAGAGAUGAAGCCGCAUGGACUCGUGAAACGGAGGUAUAUUCUAGACUUUUACCAUCACGUCACGACAAUAUUCUCGGAUAUGUCGGCACCGAUAUGACAAGCAGAGGAAGCUGCACUCAAUUGUGGCUAGUGACACACUACCAUCCACUUGGCUCUCUUUAUAAUCAUUUAAAUCGUUCGCCCCAUCCCCUGACACACCACCAAACGCUGAACAUCUGUCUGAGUGUGGCAAACGGACUACUUUAUUUACACACUGAAAUUAAUGGAACCCGAGGAAAACCAGCAAUGUCGCACCGCGACUUGAAAACCAAAAAUAUACUUGUCAAAGCAAAUGGUGCCUGCGCAAUAUCAGAUUUCGCACUUGCUGUAACUCAGGAACGUCUCACCAUGGAUCGAGUUGAUCUUCGUCAAGGUACCAAGCGGUACAUGAGUCCAGAAGUCCUCGAUCAAACAAUAAACAUAGAGUGUUUAGAGAGUUUUCGUCGUGCAGAUAUUUACAGUUUAGCACUGGUUAUGUGGGAGGUAAGUCGGAGAUGCGUGAGUAGUGGUGUGGCUUUGGAUUAUGCUGCUCCUUAUUCUGAGUGGCUUUCGGGUAGCAACCAAGAACCCUCUUUUGAAGAAAUGCGAAAAUUGGUGUCGCUGAAUCAGCGAAGACCACCUCUUCCAAACCGAUGGCACUCAGAUCCUACUCUCGCUGGAAUGGGAAAAUUGAUUCGCGAGUGUUGGCAUGGGAAACCUGCUGCACGUCUCCCGGUACUCAGAGUGAAGAAAACGCUUGUGAAGCUGGCAUCAAAUGACCCUCAUGUUCAUUUGCCCCUAGACUGACUGGUAACUUCACCUACCAGUUCUCACACACGUAUUUAUUAUUACUAUAAUUUCAUCAAAUCAUCAUUUUAUUCAUGUCAAAUUUUUUCAACCAGUAUGAAACUUUGUGUCAUUACCUCUGAGAGUAUAGAAAAUAUCGUCUGUCCACAUAUUAAGGCGAUGCUUGUAAGUCUUCUAGUACUAUCUCAUGAAUUUUAUUUCACAUUACAUCAUUGAACCGCAGUUAAAACUAUCAGUACAGCUACUCAGAAAUAGCAUCAAUUAGAAUCUUAAGUUUGUGAUGUAAUAAUGUAUAAAUCAUGUCUAUAAAUCAGUUACAAGCUGCUGCAACGUUAUGGAAGAAUUUUUUAACUGUACGUAGUUGCGAAAGACAAGCUUAAGGUUUCCAACCAGAGCUGUACCUUGGUUCCAGCUAAGAAAACAGUAUGAAUGAAACUAGUUGUGAGAUAGAUGUCUGCUGAGAAUGACCUGUUUCUUCAAAUGUCACUGGGUCUGCUGUGCGUAAUCAAUUUCAGGGUGGCCACUCAUCUGGAAAACCUGGAAAAAUGGGAUAUAUUAGAGGAUUUUGUUUUUUCAAAUAUUAUUGAUGAUUUAAAUUGGAAGAUUGUCAAUUUUCUUGUCUGCUAUAUGCGCUCGAGUUUUUGGUUUAUCUUUUGAAUUCCUGCACUUGCUCAAUUAUUAUCAUUUAUCUGUAUAGAUCAGAAUGAUGAUACACAUACAACAUGUAUGCUGCAGACCAAAACUUUGACGUUCUAUUAAUGAAGUAAAUAUUUACUUCAAACAUUUUCGAAAAUACAGGAAAAGUGUUUCCAAAUGCGAUAAACCCAAGCAAGAAGUCAGAGGAAAAGCGUAAUUUCGGUCAGGGAAACAGAAUUUCCAAAUUCAAAUUGUGUGACCACCCUGAGUUUUCACAGCUACUUGGAAGUCAAUAAUAAACUUGCACGAUGAAGAACGAAUUUUUCGAACAUCAUUCAGUUGCUGUUCAAUAUAGUUAUUCUGUAAAAUUGCCAUAGCUUGUACCUGAAUUUGAAUUCGUCAAUACAAACGCAUUUUGUAGGUACUCUUUGUAUGUACAAAUUGAUUUCACGUAGGUAAUCAAUGAAAGGCAGUCCGAACGUUUUUCGGACAGUCUUUAACUGUAUUUUAUAUGUUACCUUGUGGUUGUUUUUAUAUUUUUAUUGCUACAACACGUGUACAUAAUGCCCUAUUGUUGUGCGCAUCACUUACAUAGUUUAUAUUAUUGGAAACGUCGAUGAUCUAUUGAGAGUCGUUGUAAAUAGUAUCUUUGUAUUAAUAUUAACUUUUAUUAUGUUUAUCAUAAAAAAAUGUACGAAAAUAAGUAAUAUACAAGUAUAUAAUG